AUGAGUUCAGAAUGCCCAGUGUGAAUGCUAGACUGGUGCUCCCAGUCAUGUAUUCCCAAGAUGCUUAUGUGAGGCCACUCCUAUUGUGAGAACUGCCUUAAGCUGCUCUUUCAAGAGGUGGAGGGGUCUGGCAUAGUUCAGUGCCCUACUUGCAUGCAAGAGCACAAGUUUGCAAGUAAGGAGGAAAUGGAGCAGAAAGUAGCUACAAAUUUUUCACUUAUCCCAAAACCUCUGCAGAGAUUGGCUAGUAGCAAGGAUAUUGAUGGCCAAAUUGACAAUUUUGAUCAUGAGAAUUUUGCCGAUGAAAAUUUUAACAUUGAAAUUGAGCCGAAUGCCAAAUGCAGCAAACAUAAUUCUCCAAUACACUCAUAUGUUAAAUCUAAUAAGGUCUUGCUGUGUUCCUUCUGCAUUGAGGAAGGUGCUUACGACAAGUCCAGGAUAAAGUCCAUCACGCAAGUGGUCAAGGAGACUCGGGGCAGUAUGUAUUCCUACAAGCUCAAGCUGAACCAGAACCUCCUGCAGUUGAAGAAGUUCAGAGAGGUUUUAGAACGAAUUAAGAAUGAGAACCAGAGGAAAGUCCAGGAUAACAUUAAAAAACAUUUUCGAAACCUUGAACAAAUCUUGAAAAAUGCUGAAAAGUUGGCCCAGCAAAAGUUUGAUACACAUAAAAAGAAGCAGGAGAAGAAAAUUAAAGAGGUCGUUGACGGCCUUAAAGACAUCGAGACCAUCCUCUGUGCUAACAAGACCAAGCUUCAUGAGUACAUACACUCUAAGAACGACGACCUGGUGUUUGAGCUUGACAAUAUUGAGGGAAUUAUCAACACCAAAAUUGAAAUAAUCCCCAAAAUCCAGAUACCUGAUUUUAAGAUCAAGUUUAGCACUGAUGAUAGCGACUUGGUGAAGAUAGAUCACUUCUUGAACACGAUGCACCUCUAUUCAGUGAUUAAUAACGAUCCUACAGACGUGAAGAACCUUCUGAAGGACAGUUUCCAGAUAGAAAACUAUUGGAUCUGCCAUACCUGCAGCAGCCAAAACAAGACUAUCUUGAAUAGGAAGACAGAUAAAUCCUUGAGUAGGGAACUGGCAAAGAACAAGGCAUCAGAGUUGAUCUGUUUGGCCUGUAAAUCAUUCAAACCUCUGGAACUUUACCCCUCAUUCUACCAUAACAAGGGUGAGAUCUCUGAAGACGAGAUGCGUAUCCUUAACAAACGGAGGAAGGCUGAGAAAAAGGACUGCACUCGCCUCGACUCUAACUACAACAAAAAUAAUGAGGAAUGGUUCAUCAUCAAUGCUGAGUGGCUGAAGGACUGGAAGAUGUUUGUUAAUAACAAGAGAUCAUCCACUGCUUUUGGUGCACGCAGGUGCAUCCACAAGGAAGUAGGGAUCCUUGAUCCAGGGCCAGUCACCAACCACUUGUUGUUAGAUGAGGAUAAUAAUCCUCUUCCUAACCUGGUGAAGGGCAAGCACUACCGUGGUGUCAAUAAGGCGGUCUGGAAACAAUUCUAUGAAACUUAUGGUGGUGGCCCUGUUAUCAGGAAAAGAGAGCUUUCUAUCUACUCUGAAAAUUUCAAGGAGAAAGAAAAUGACAAGCCUGAGGCUGAAAUCAACAAGAGUGGCUCCAAGAAGAUGCUUAAAAGAUACUCUGAGGAUGCCGAGACAGUAGUUCGGAAUUCUAAUGACCAUAAGAAGAUAGAUAAUAGGAACAAUUUCAUGAUUUUGAACAAGAAGAGGACUCAUCUGAGCAAGAAACGUGUAGUUGAUGCCUCAGCAGAGAGCAAUCUCAGACGAUGCUUUACUGGCAAACUGGACUCUGGUGCAAAGGUUGGCUCCAAAGGUAGCUCAAUUCCGAGAAGAAACUUAUUCAAGAAGAAGGAAAAACCUGCUCCAGAUUCUAGCAUUCAGAUGCCUAACAAUCACUUUAAGAAGCAAAUCUAUACACCAUUGUAUGAAAAGAGGCUGAACAGUUCUAGAGAUACUUCAGCUUAUAUGAGUGGGAAAUCGAUAAAGAAUGAAUCUUUCAAGAAGCUUGAAGACUCAAAAUCCCACAGAGACCAGCAGCUGAGACUGGCUAGGAGGAAAUCAGGUGACGUUGCUAAAAUAAUAGCUAAGAAAGAUUACGAUAGUGAUGACCAUGACCAGUCCUCUGAAGAUGGUGGGUUCCUACCCGUUGAGGAAUGCAAUAUCUUCAGCAGGAGCAAGACAGGUAUCCCCUCUACUGGUUUUUCCAAGCUGAAGAAUCUCUUUGGCCGGAAGAGCUAAUUAACCC